AUGGAUGCUCCAGCAGAGGAAGGUGCAGAUGCAGCUCCGCAGGAUGCGCCUGCCGAAGAGGUGAAGGAUGGCUCUGGCGAUGUCCAGGAAGAAGAGGACGGCCCCGGAGAAGAUGCUCAGGACGCUCAAGACGCUGACGAGCCCAAAGAUGAGAUGGAGGUCGAGGAUGGCGGCAAAGAUGAUGGCGGCAAAGUAGCUGAUGAAGAAGCCGGUGAAGGUGGUGAAGGCGAAAAUGAAGGAGAUGAGAAAGGAGAAGAAGAAGGUGGUGUGGAGAAGGUGGAUAAACUGAGCAUGUCUCUGGAAGACCUCAUAGAUGCCGAUCGAAGAGCUACCGGAAAACGUUGGGGCCGGGCUGGAGGAAGCUCAGGAGGUGGUGGAGGAAAUUGGAAAGGCUAUGACUAUAGCUGGAAGGAUAAGGGUGACAAGGGAGACAAACCCGACUGGAGUCAAAAGCAGGACUGGAAAAAGAGCAGUGGUGGUGAUGAUUGGAAGCAGGAUUGGAAGAAGAAGGAUGAUUGGAAGGACAAAGAUGCCAAAUGGAGUGGUAGCGGUGGCGGUGGAGCCAAGUAUGAUUGGAAAGAUGGCAAAGAUGGGAAGGACGGAGGUGAUUGGAGCUGGAAGAGCAAGGGAAGCGACUCCUACACGAGUGGAGGUGCAAAGUGGGACUCAUCUUGGUCAUCCGGCGGUGGUAGCAAAAAUUGGUCAGGAGGAUAUGAUAAGAACUCCUACGGUAGCGGAGGUUCCAAAGCCUACGAAAAAGGCUAUGACGACAAGUACGACAAGUCGUAUGAUAAGUCAUAUGACAAGUCGUAUGACAAGUACGAUAAGUACGAAAGCAAGUAUGAUAAAUACAGCAAGGGCAGCUACGACUACGGAAGUAAGUCGUAUGGUGGAAGGGACGAUGACAGAUACGCUGGCCGGAGUGGAGGCGGUUACAAGGACUAUGACUAUGGUGGUGGGCGAGGAGAUCCCGAGCCUCGUGAUAGAGACCGGAGGAGGCAUGAUGACCUCCCGCCGGUGAACGAUGACAGAGGACGGGGUAAUGGAAGCGACAGGUGCACCAUAGUUGUCUCUGGCCUGAGCGGUCUCCGCAUCAAUCGUCGAGACCUUGAAACUGCCUUCCAACCUGUUGGGCGUGUUGUGAGUGCAACUGUUGGUGCAGACACAGCCUCAAUCACAUUUCGAGAGGAAAAAGCCGCGCGAGACGCUGUCCGGCGCUUCCACGGUGGCCAGUUGAAUGACAGGACCAUCGACGUGUACCUGGAAGGGGACGAACCACCUCCCAGGCGGCGCGAUUCUGGAAAUGCCCGGGCACCUCCUCCUGCUUCAGGUGCCAGUCGUAGGAGUAGAAGCCCGAGGGCAUCUGGCGGUGGCUAUCGAGAUGCACCUAGGGCUGUCACGCUGUCUGGGUUUGGAUCAUUUGGCCAGUGA